AACGUCCCGAUUGGUCCCGGAUGCCAUCAGGGCUAGCUGGCUGACCAGCAGCUGCUGCCGAGUGAGGCCGCCGGGCUCCUUGCUUCUCGCCCAGCUAGGGGAACUUUAGGUAGCAAGCAGCAUUGAAUGGGCUGGGAGACAGCAGCGGAGGCACCCUUGGGUUUGCAGCGUGUGUGGAAGUUCUCGCCAUGAGCAAUCCCCAGGCAGCAGCAACUGCUGCUACUGCAGCACGAGCCCCCUCCUCUUUGCUGCUCCGGUUCCCACCCCCUGGCAUCUGAGGCGGAUCCCAGUGCAAACCCUGAGCCUCAUUAACUCCUCUGACCUGCUUAUUAUUUUAAUUAAUUGAUUCCCCUCCCUCCCUCUAAGGUGCCUGGAAAUCUGUGACCAAUUGCGAGGAGAGGGGUGCGACCCUGUGGAUAUAGUUUCGUUUUCUUUUCAAAUAGACCGAGAACAUAUACUUGUGGUGUUGUUUUUUUGUUACAAUCUAUUUGGUUGCACUGGUGGGAAUUCCUUCUUUGGUGAGUUUUUUUCCCCUAAAGGGUUUGUUGGAGGGGUGUGUAAGGAAACCAUGGGACUACCUGCUUUGGAAUUUAGUGACUGCUGCUUGGAUAGCCCCCAGUUCCGAGAGAGGCUGAAAUCUCAUGAAGCUGAGCUGGACAAGACCAACAAAUUCAUCAAGGAACUGAUCAAAGAUGGGAAGUCGCUCAUUGCAGCACUCAAGAAUCUGUCUUCAGCAAAGCGGAAGUUUGCAGAUUCUCUAAAUGAGUUUAAAUUCCGAUGUAUAGGAGAUGCAGAAACAGAUGAUGAAAUAUGCAUAGCAAAAUCCCUUCAAGAAUUUGCCACUGUUCUCCGGAAUCUCGAAGAUGAGCGAAUGCGCAUGAUUGAGAAUGCUGGUGAGGUCCUGAUCACUCCUCUGGAGAAAUUCCGCAAGGAGCAAAUUGGUGCUGCUAAGGAUGCCAAGAAGAAGUACGACAAGGAGACGGAGAAGUAUUGUGGUGUCUUGGAAAAGCACUUAAACUUGUCUUCUAAGAAGAAAGAAUCCCAACUUCAAGAAGCAGACAGCCAGGUGGACCUGGUUCGACAGCAUUUUUAUGAAGUCUCCCUUGAGUAUGUCUUCAAGGUGCAAGAAGUCCAGGAGAGGAAAAUGUUUGAAUUUGUGGAACCGCUGCUGGCGUUCCUGCAAGGGCUCUUCACAUUCUACCAUCAUGGCUAUGAACUCGCAAAGGACUUCAGCGACUUCAAGACAGAGCUGACAAUCAGCAUACAGAAUACAAGAAAUCGUUUUGAAGGAACCCGGUCGGAGGUUGAGUCCUUGAUGAGGAAGAUGAAGGAGAAUCCCGACGAGCACAGGAACAUGAGCCCUUUCACAAUGGAGGGCUAUCUCUAUGUCCAGGAGAAACGUCACUUUGGAACCUCUUGGGUGAAGCAUUACUGCACGUAUCAGAGGGACUCUAAACGAAUCACUAUGGUACCAUUUGACCAGAAAUCUGGAGGAAAAGGGGGAGAAGAUGAAGCAGUCACACUCAAAUCCUGCAUACGCCGGAAAACUGACUCGAUAGAGAAGAGGUUUUGCUUCGAUGUGGAAGCAGUGGAUCGGCCUGGUGUGAUCACCAUGCAAGCACUUUCUGAAGAGGACCGAAAGCUUUGGAUGGAGGCUAUGGAUGGCCGGGAACCGGUCUACAACUCGAACAAAGACAAUCAAAGUGAAGGCACUGCCCAGUUGGAUAAUAUCGGAUUCAGCAUUAUCAGGAAAUGCAUAAAUGCUGUCGAAACAAGAGGGAUCAAUGAGCAAGGGCUCUACCGAAUUGUUGGAGUAAACUCCAGAGUUCAAAAGCUAUUGAGUAUCUUAAUGGAUCCCAAAACAGCCUCUGAAACAGAAACGGACAUCUGUGCUGAGUGGGAGAUAAAGACUAUCACCAGUGCACUGAAAACUUACUUGAGAAUGCUCCCUGGACCGCUCAUGAUGUACCAGUUUCAAAGAAGCUUCAUCAAAGCAGCAAAGCUGGAGAAUCAAGAGUCCAGAAUCUCAGAGAUCCACAACCUUGUUCAUCGGCUCCCAGAAAAAAACAGACAGAUGCUGCAGAUGCUCACGAACCACUUGGCAAACGUUGCUAAUAAUCACAAACAGAAUCUAAUGACUGUUGCUAAUCUGGGUGUGGUAUUUGGACCAACGCUGCUUCGACCACAAGAAGAAACUGUUGCAGCGAUUAUGGACAUCAAGUUUCAGAAUAUUGUGGUUGAGAUUUUAAUAGAAAACCAUGAAAAGAUAUUUAACACUGUACCGGAGACGCUACCACCAAACUCGCAGCUGCUGCUAAUAUCUCAUAAGAAGAAUACCGAUUCAAAGCCUCCUUCCUGCAGUGAGAGACCAUUAACACUCUUCCACGCGGCACAGGCCAAUGAAAACCAGGAGACAAGGAACAGUAUCAUCAACUCCAGCUUGGAAUCUGUCAUCUCUUCAAACGUCAACAGCUUCCUCCACUCCAACAGCACUCUCCGACCCAACCUGAACUCAAGUGACCCUGACCUAGAAGUAAUUAAACCUAGUCGGCCAAACUCACUCCCUCAGAAUCCAAGCCCAACAUCACCCCUUUCACCGUCCUGGCCCAUGUUCUCUGCGCCAUCAAGUCCUAUGCCCACCUCCUCUACGUCCAGCGACUCAUCCCCCAUCAGCUCACCAUGCCGGAAAGCCAGAGCCUUGUAUGCUUGCAAAGCAGAACAUGACUCAGAGCUCUCCUUCACAGCAGGCAUCAUAUUCGAUAAUGUUCAUCCAUCUCAGGAGCCUGGCUGGUUGGAAGGAACCCUGAAUGGGAAGACAGGACUAAUCCCUGAAAACUACGUGGAGUUCCUAUAACUUUGGGCAUAAAAGCAACACUGCUGAGCUUUACAUGGUAUCCAUGACAACUGCUGAUUAGAGUGUUGUAGAUCAUUUGCUCUUUGCCACUGAAAUGCAGGGUGAAGGACUUUCCGAUUCCUAUUGAAAUUAAUGUUUAUACGAAUGAUAAUGUAUAUGUCUCCUUCGGUGAUCUAUUGUGGUGUGUGCAAAUAUACUGCAGAAGGGGCGGUCAGAGGCUCCGUGGAGGUCAUUCAACUCUUCCAACUUCUAGUAAAGGCGUAUGAUUCCUACAGCCACUGCUCCCACAUUCUCAACUUUGUUCCUUUUGUUGAGCCAUUGUAUCAAUGAAAGGAGAAAUGGUGAAAUGCAGGAGCUUAAAAAGGCACAUUAAUACCCAUUUCAGGGCCCUAUUCUGCAAACCCUUGAUUUGAACUAGUAGACCCACUGACAUCAACCUUGACUUCAGUGGAACUGCUUAUGUGAGUACUAUUAGCACAAAUCCAGGGUAUGUAGAUUGGACCUUAAGCCACCAUUUCACAAUGUGGGAAGGAGAUUAUAUGGGAGAGAGGAGGCUGUUGCCAUUUCUUCCUCACAAAUUCUCCCCUCCUUGUUGAAUCAGCCAAAAUUAAUCUCUUAUUAGCUAACAGCAAAGCAAUCUCUCUCUCAUAUAGCUGUGAGGAGGGGAGAGGUUAAGGUACUGUUUACAUACGUCAAACCACUAACCAUUUCUGCAGCAGCAGUUUACACAGCCCUGAGCCAUCUUGACGGGAUUCAGUCCAGUCUCGACAAACGCAACACACCAUACCCUGGAGCUGACGAUAGCCCUACUUACUUAGUAUUAUAUUUUUUUUAAAUGCCAUUGUUUUCUGAUGGUGAAAGCAAAAACAAAAGAAGUUGAAUGAUUCUCUGUGGGGUGAGCGCAAGAUCAGCUGUGAAUUUUCAGCGCUCUGAUGAGCAUCAGCACAAUGGCGGAGAGAAUAUUUUGGACCAAACCUUUCAUAACUUUUUUUUUUUAGAUUUAGAUUUAUGCUGGGUAAACAUCUGUGAUCUGUGCAGCCGGCAUUUCCUUCCUGGAAGGCAAGAUGCAGCUCAUGAUAAAUACCACUUGUUUUGUGUGACUUGCUGAUUCGUAUCAUCACUUACCGGUGCACAUUGUAGAGAGAGGAAUCCAUGCUUACUGAAUGCCCGGGCCACUCUUACAUCAAUUUUGGUUACAUUUGCCACUCACUGCAGUUGCUUUUAUAGAUGGCGUCUUUGCUUGCAGCCUAGCAUAUAGUCUGGUGAUGCCAAGUCUGUGCAGUACUGAUUAUACAAACUAAAUCUUUUGUAGCUAUAUAAGCAUUUAUUGUUCAUGUAGCCUGUUGAAAUUCUAAGGAAAACAAACAAUUAGUCCUUCCAAUGGUUUUUAUUUCCCCCCUCUGCGCCGCCCUUAGAAAAUCUUGAAGCCUCCUCUGUUGAGUACCCAGUUUGGAUAGAGUCACGCCAGUCUUGUAUUGUUCUCAAGAAAGAUAUUUGCAUAGUCCUUAGCACAGCUCAGAUUAUAUUUAAAAAAAAAAGAAAGAAAAGAAGAGUCAAACUUUCCUGAUAUUUUGGCAAGUGCUACGACAUUUUAUAGUAGAAAAUCAUGAGAAAAGCUGGCAUCUUGGCAGGAAGAAUUAUUUGUCUAGCUAUCACAUUAUCACGCAGAGAUGGGAUUUAGGGAAUGGAUUUAUUUUCUGUUUUAAUUAUUUUUUAAGAACAUGAGUGCUUGAAUUGCUGUAUGUUUCACUUUUUAUUGUUGGAAAAGAUCAUAUGUAAAUAGAAUAAUUUGAAAUAUUAUGAGGGAAAGUUCUGUUUGAUAUUUGUAGCGGAGCUGUAAUAAGCUAGAUGUUCCCUGGAUAUUUGAAACCAGUUUACAGGGAAAAACACACAGGCACCCAACCUAACCUUUAAACAUGACCUUUUCUUUCAUUUUGUCACCUACUCUGCCAGCCAGCUGGAUUGAGUUUUUGCUCACUUUUUAAUUUCAUUUACAUUAAUUAAACUUCCUAGACUUUGGGUUGGAAGGAGACAAUCUAAUAUAUAUUAUACAUAAAAGAUACGAUGAAUAAUAUGUAUAUGUAUUAUGCCGUCACGUACAUAUGUGUGUGGGAGAGAGAUAUAAUGCGCACACAUGCCUUUGUGGGUUUUCUCAGCAAAAUGGAGCCAAGUUAAGGGCUUUCUUUGCUUACGUCUAUGUGUGACAGAGAUGGGAGAAAGUAUAUCUUAGCUUCGUGGCAGUUUGCUUGCCUGUCCUUCAUCAAAAAAAUAAUUGGCUAGAAAUUGUUGAAGAAAGAUAAUGGAAUGUUAAGGAUGAAAAACAAGUGAUUGGCAGACCUGUGCAGAGGGGGAAUGGACAGAUUUCCAGUAUAUCCAAAUUAAAAAAAUAAAAUAAAAAAUAGCUAGGUGCAAAAGUUACUUAGCUAAAGCUUGCUGUUACUAUUCACUGAUUGACUUUUAGAAGCCAUUGUUACCUGACUUUUCUGGGUUACUUUAAUGUCAUACUUGUGAGCUACACAGUGUGACUGUCUGUGAAUAAAUUGAUAGAUAAGAUCAUACCCUCUUUGGACAGGACUGGUUAGAUCGUCAGGAAAAGUAACUGACUAUAACUAACUCCAUCCUAUAGUAUUUUCUGGUUUGAAAAGUAAUCAAAUUAAGAGGAUAAAAUGGCCAGGGGGGGUGGAGGGGAGAGGAUUCAUAAUGGGAUAGAGGAGAGGUUGUUUCACCAAUAUGUUGCGGAUUUAAAUCCACCCUCGCAUGUUAGCAGCUAAAAAAAUCUACCAGCUGAUUUCUG